AUGGUGCGCAUAAAAGAACGAUAUCUUCUUGUCAACAUCAUCUACCCGCCUGAUCCUGCGAGGCCCAACCUACCGGAUCUUGUGGUGCGGCAUCAGCCUACCAUUGAGAAACUAUCACCCCAGGCUUUGCUCAAGGGGAUUAGGACUGAGAUCGCGUCGUUGUUUGGUGACUAUGGAUCUGGAGCAUUGGGCAACAUUUCAGUGAAAUAUCUGUCACUGGCUACAUCUACCUUUAUCCUAAGAUGCUCGAGAGCCCACUACCAAAUGCUCUGGUCCGCCUUGACCUUUAUGGAUCACGUACCUGUUAGGGACGGCAGACCAUGCAUCUUCCGCGUUGUACGCGUCAGCGGAACCAUCCGCAAGGCUGAGGAAGAAGCCAUUCGCCAAGCAAAGAAGCUCAUCCUCGCGGCGAAGGAGGAACCUGGCACCAAGAGCUCCCUAACCAGCGCGCUCGAGAGCCAAGAAGAAAUGGUCCUCGACAUCACCGAUGACUCUGGCGAUGAGUCCAUGGACGACGCGGAUGGUUGA